AUAACAGUGGCGGUUAGUAGAAGAAUAUGGCGUCGAUAUCGAUUCAUUGUUUAUGCUGAAGAUAUUGCAGAGGUGAAGUGUUUCACCUUUAUUUUGUUUUGUUUAGUAUUAGAUAGACACUGCCGACAUGGAGGAGAUAGUAGCCGACGUUUGUGGUCUGAAAUUCGACAUCGAAAUCGCUCUGGAACAACAAUUAGGAGCGCUGCCAUUGCCAUUUCCUGGCAUGGAUAAGUCUGGAGCAGCCAUUUGUGAAUUUUUUAUGCAUGGCAUGUGCAACAAAGGGUCAGCUUGCCCGUUUCGACACGUGAAAGGCGACAGGACGGUUGUAUGUAAACAUUGGUUACGUGGCCUCUGCAAGAAGGGAGAUCAGUGCGAAUUUUUGCACGAAUACGAUAUGACUAAGAUGCCCGAGUGUUAUUUCUAUUCCAGGUUUCACGCCUGUUCCAAUAAGGAAUGUCCUUUCCUUCACAUCGAUCCAGAAGCAAAGAUAAAAGAUUGUCCCUGGUACGAUCGCGGUUUCUGUCGUCACGGACCCAAUUGUAGACACCGGCAUACUAGGCGAGUCAUGUGUAUCAAUUACAUGUGUGGUUUCUGUUUCGAUGGACCUAAUUGUAAGUUUAUGCAUCCUAAAUUCGAACUUCCCAUUCAGGAUCCGGCGCAACAAGCUAAGAAAGCCACUAUGUUAUGUCAUUACUGCGGUGAACCCGGUCACAAGGCUGCCGCUUGUAAUAAAAUGCCUCAGGAAAUGAAAGAAGAGCAGCAGAUGAAUCGCUUGCAGACCAUUCACACCAUACAAAGUAUCCAGACUCAGGUGACACAGUUAUAUGGUCAAGAUUUUGGUUCCAAAGCUUAUAGGCCCUUAGAACAAGUUACCUGUUUUAAAUGCGGCGAAAAAGGACAUUACGCUAAUAAAUGUCCUAAAGGACAUUUGGCAUUCUUAAGUACUGCUCUUCAGGGACAGGGUAAUAACAAUUCUCAAACCGCAAUUGAACAAUGAUGUUUAAUGAUUUAAUUUCAUAACAAAAAAAAAUGUUUUGUUUAUCACAUCACAUUAGUUUUUAGGAAAUAUAUUAAUGAAAAGAAUUCAUAAAAUUUUUCCAAUUUCCAUCUCACCACUUCGAAUG